AUGGCACACCACACAUUUUCCUUUUCUUCUUCUUCUGCAAUGAUGCUUCUCAUUGUUGUCUCCAUCAGCAUUCUCCUCCAAGACUUCACCGCCACCGGCUAUGGCAAUUGGCAGAGUGCUCACGCCACCUUCUACGGCGGUGGUGAUGCCACGGGCACAAUGGGAGGGGCAUGUGGGUAUGGGAAUUUGUACAGUCAGGGCUAUGGAACCAACACGGCAGCUCUAAGCACAGCUCUGUUCAACAAUGGCUUAAGUUGUGGGGCGUGUUAUGAGUUAACAUGUACCAGUGAUCCAAGAUGGUGCAAGCCUGGCUCCAUCAUUGUCACUGCCACAAACUUUUGCCCUCCAAACUUGGCUUUGCCCAACAACAACGGAGGUUGGUGCAACCCUCCACUUCAACACUUUGAUAUGGCCGAACCUGCCUUCCUCCAAAUUGCUCAGUACAGAGCAGGGAUCGUCCCUGUCUCCUUCAGAAGAGUUCCGUGUAUGAAGAAAGGAGGAGUUAGGUUCACCAUUAAUGGUCACUCAUAUUUCAACUUGGUUUUGAUCACCAACGUGGGAGGAGCAGGGGAUGUUCAUGCAGUCUCAAUCAAAGGGUCCAGAACUGGCUGGCAAUCCAUGUCCAGGAACUGGGGUCAGAACUGGCAGAGCAGCUCCUACCUCAAUGGCCAAGCCCUCUCUUUCCAAGUCACCAGCAGUGAUGGUAGGACCCUCACAAGCUACAACGUGGCACCUCCCAAUUGGCAGUUCGGCCAGACCUUCCAAGGUGGUCAGUUUUAAUGUACUGACCAAAUCCUAUUAUUUCAAGUAUUAUUUUGGUAGGAUAAUGAGUUGUAAAAGUGUUAGAAGGAUUGAUU